AUGAGAAACACCAACACCGGCUCCUCCGCGGGUCUCCAGCUCCACAACCCUCAACUAGAAACACGAACUCCGGCUCCUCCACGGGUCUCCAGCUCCACAAACCACAAACUAGAAAACAACGCUGCACCCUGUAUCUCCAGCUCCACAACACUCAACAAGAAACACCAACAAUGGCUCCUCCGUGGGUCUCCAGCUCCACAACCCUCAACUAGAAACACCAACACCAGCCGCUCCGCAAGUCUUCAGCUGCACGACCCUGAACUAGAAACACCAACAGCGGCUCCUCCGCAGAAACACCAACAGCGGCUCCUCCGCAGAUCUCCAGCACCACAACCCUCAACAAGAAACACCAACACCGGCUCCUCUGCAGGUCUCCUCUACGACCCUCAGCUACAAACACCAACACUGGUUCCUCCGCGAGUCUCCAGCUCAACCUGCAAACUAGAAAACAACGCUCCACCCUGUAUCUCCAGCUCCACAACACUCAAUGAGAAACACCAACAACGGCUCCUCCGCGGGUCCCAGUUCCACAACCCACAACUAGAAACACCAACACUGACUCCUUGGAAGAAACACCAACAGCGGCUGCUCCGUGGGUCUCCAGCUCCACGACCCUCAACUACAAAAACCAACAGCGGCUCCUCCACGGGUCUCCAGGUCAACGACCCUCAACUAGAAACACCAACUCCAGCUCCUCUGCAGGUCUCCAGCUCCACGACCUGCAACAAGAAACAUGAACACAGACUCCUCCACGGGUCUCCAGUUCUACAACCCUCAAGUAGAAACACCAACUCCAGCUCCUACACAGGUCUCCAGCUCCACGACCCACAAACUAGAAAACAACGCUCCACCCUGUAUCUCCAGCUCCACAACCCUCAACGAGAAACACCAGCACCGGCUCCUCUGCGGAUCUACAACUGCACGACCCACAAACUAGAAAACAACGCUCCACUCUGUAUCUCCAGCUUCACAACCCUCAAUGAGAAACACCAACAACGCCGCCUCCGCAGAAACACCAACAAUGGCUCCUCCGUGUGUCUCCACUCCACGACCCUCAACCAGAAACACCAACGACAGCUCCUCCACGGGUCUGCAGCUCCACAACCCUCAACGAGAAACACCAACAACGGCUCCUCCGCGGGUCUCCAGCUCCACGAUCCUCAACUAGAAACACCAACAAUGGCACCUCCACGUGUCUCCAACUCCACGACCCUCAACCAGAAACACCAUCAACAGCUCCUCCACAGAAACACCAACUCCAGCUCCUCCAUGGGUCUCCAGCUCCACGACCCUCAACUAGAAACACCAACUCCUGCUCCACGGGUCUCCAGCUCCAUGACCCACAAACUAGAAAACAACGCUCCACCCUGUAUCUCCUGCUCCAUGACCGUCAAACAAAAACACCAACAGCGGCUACUCCACCGUUGCCACCUCGAUGACCCUCAACUAGAAACACCAAUUCCGGCUCCUCCAUGGGUCUCCAGCACCAUGACCCUCAGCAAGAAACACCAACACCGGAUUCUCCGCGGGACUCCAGCUCCACGAUCCUCAACUAGAAACACCAACAAUGGCUCCUCCGGCAUGUCUCCAACUCCACGACCCUCAACCAGAAACACCAAGGACACCUCCUCCACGGGUCUCCAGUUCUCCAGCUGCAAGACCCUCAAACUGGAACAUGAGCUCCCCGCCGUGUCUCCAGCUGCAUGGCCCUGAAACUGGAACAUCAGCUUCUGGGCCCUCAAACUGGAACAUCAGCUCCCACCAGCUCUCCAGCUGCAUCGCCCUCAAACUGGAACAUCGGCACCACCCUGAAUCUCCAGUUGCACGGCCCUCAAACUGCAACAUCAACUCCCCCACGGUUCUCCAGCAGCAUGGCUGUGAAACUGGAACAUCAGCUCCCCACCGGCUCUCCAGCUGCACGGCCCUCAAACUGGAACAUCAGCUCCCUGUAGGGUCUCCAGCUGCACGAACCUCAAACUGGAACAUCGGCUCCCCACCCGGUCUCUGGCUGCAAGCUGCAUGGCGCUCAAACUGGAACGUCAGCUCCCCACUGGGUCUACAGCAGCACUGCCCUCAGAAUGCAGUCCCCGUUUCUGCGGCUCCUGUAACAGCCACGUUCCCACACAAGUGCUGCCUGAGCUCCCCAAGCCCUCCAACAAUCACCCCCCAAUGCCCUCGAAGGUCUAUUCAGAGAAGUCACCAAGAUGCAGUCACCGAGGAAAUUCAAGGACCUCCAACUUACCAAAAGGCUUCCGGCUAAAGAAAGUUACCCACUGCGAGCAGAGCAGGCUUCUGGGUCCCGACCCAGGUCCCACUGGCCCACUCACCGUUGGAGAGAGCUUGCUGAAGCUCGGUGUCCGAGAUCACUCCACUCCUGUCUUUAUCAACCCUACAACAUCAAGAAGACCAAAUAAGCUGGCGAUCCAAAGUUCAGGAAAAGCAAAACAAACGUCUCCUGUCAACCCUGCACCGACUCUGGAAGGCUCGGAGCCUCCUGGAACCUCCGCCUCUCCCAUCCCGCUGAGGAGGACACGAAUCAAGGAAGUGCCCCAGGAGCCCACGUCCAAGCGGGUUUCGGUCAUUCAUUCCGUGGAAAAGCGACCCGGGACAGAAGGCGCCGCCGGAAAGGUCACCUGCCCCGAGCAGACGCCAGGGCGACUCCGCUUCCGGCUCUGCCGGGGGCAGGGCCUGGCGUUACCUCCACUUCCGGGGGCGCAGGAAAUGCGUAUUCUCCGGGAUGGUCACGGGGUCCCGCGCGGCCAAUCCCCUCGCAGCUCAGUUGCCAAGCAACGCCCUGGCGCCUGCGGGGCCUGUGCGGUCCGGGGCGUCUGGAGAAAGCCAGAGCUCUGGAGCAGGCAGCCGGCUACCGGUGCUGGGAAGGCACUUGGAGAAAAUGUCCGGCUCCGCGACCCGGGACGGGAAGUGAUGGAGUAG